ACACACACAGACUCUGGGGAAGGCUGUCUCCAGUGCCUUCCCUUCCUUCGAGGAGCAUCUCAAACAGCAAGGCUGUCCCUCUUUGCACCCACCCACACACACAGACAGACACACACACACACACACACACACACACACACACACACCACAUCCUGAGUGGAGCAGGGAGAGUGAGAGCCGGUGGAGAUCAGUGGACUGCAGUGGCCACGUGCCUGGAGGAAGGAUGACAGACCCCGGCUCAAAGAAGCAGGGAUUUAAAAAGUGCCGGAGCGCCACGUUCAGCAUCGACGGUUUCAGCUUCACUAUCGUGGCCAACGAAGCUGGACAGAGCAGCCCGCAGCCCCACAGUCGAUUUGCACGCUCAAAGUCCCAGAAUGCAUUAUGGAAUGCUAUCACGGCUGGCAUUGGCAUCAAGGACAAAGACAAGCGGGGCAUCCUCAUCGACCCGCGCAGCCCUGAGGAGAUCCUGGCCGACGAGCUGCCCGCUACGGACGCACCAGACGCCAUGAUGAAGACAGCUAUCAGACGAAAGGAGAUGGUUGUGGAUUUAAGGAGCACCAGGACUAAGCUGAACACCAUGUCCAUCCUGGGAGAAGAGCUGGAGGUGGUGGAGGGCCACAGAUAUCUUGGACCUUGA